AUGGAUGUGAUUAUAGAUAGUCGUGAACUCAGAAUUGGGCCAGCUGCUGAACGUUGGGAAUGUAAAACUAUCUGCUUUACGGAUGGUAGUAAGCUUGAUGGAAGGGUUUGUCUUGCUUUUGUAAUUUAUGAAAAUGGAACAGAGAAGGUUUCUGCCAAGCACCGACUACAUAAUGAAUGUACUGUUUUCCCGGCUGAACUUUUGUGUAUAAACCUGGUUGUUACGUGGAUACAAAAUUCUUUUAGUGAAAACCAAAUUUUUAAAUAUCUCAUUUGUACAGAUUCUCUUUCUUCACUUUUUCUUUUGCGUGACACGACUUCUACUGAGAAGCUUGUGGUGGAAAUUCACUCGAUUUUGAACGCUCUUGAAAACGUAACUAUUCAUUUUUCUUACGUUCGUGGCCAUAGCGGUAUUUUGGGCAAUGAAAGAGCAGACCAAUUGGCUAGGGAAGCUACGUGUGGUGAAAUAGACUUAAGGGUGUCUGUUCCAGCUUCUCACUGGAAGCGCAUCGCUAGAGAUAAAAUCAUUGCGGACUGGAAUGCUGAAUUUCUUGCUUCGCCUCGGUCGCUUUGGACGAAAAGGUUCUUUCCAUCCAUUUUUCACCGUUUGCAAUGUAAAUUCUUUGCAACUGAUUUUAAAUUGACCCAAAUUUUAACAAACCAUGGAAAUUUUAAGAGAUAUUUAUUUCGUUUCCAUCUGCAGACCAGUGGAAUUUGUGCUUGCGGUGAUGCUGAUGAAGAUGCUGAACAUAUUCUUCUUCACUGUAGUCUCUAUGCGAGUGCCCGAAUGAAUUUAAAGACUGAUUUGAGACGUCUUUCUAUUUGUUGGCCACCUGUCUUAUCAGAACUGGUCAAAAGUAUUGAAAGUCUUGCGGCCUUGCGGAAUUUUGUUUUUACUUCUUUGUUUACAUUUAUUGUUGUGCCUAAAGCAUCUGAAUUUGCAAUUUUUGCCAAUUUAUCAAAUUCGAUGUAUUUUAUGUUGACUAACUUUAGUGUCAUAGAUAAAUUCAAAGAAAGUAUGUAA